AUGGCAUGUCGCGGAAAGUUCCCUCAAAUUGCUGAAUAUCUCAUUGAUAACGGUGCCGACAUUAACACAACUGUUGAUAAUGAUGAAACAGUAUUAAGCAUCGCCAGUGAAAAAGGUUUCCUUGAAGUUGUCAAAGUUUUAGUUUCAAAAGGAGCUAAUGUCAACCAACCAUUAAAUGCUUUGCCAUUAAUUGGCUGCUGCUCGCAUAAAUUCCCUGAUGUUGCAAGAUAUUUGGUUAAAAAUGGUGCAAAUAUUAACUUACCAGACAAAUUCGGAGUUUAUCCAUUGACUGCAGCAAUAAAAACAAACUCAUUAACAAUGGUUAAAGAAGUUGUGGAGUUAGGAGCUGACAUAAAGCAGGAUGACUUUAUUAAAUUAUGUUUAGAAAACAAGUCCACUGAUAUUUGCAAAUACAUAGUUUCUAAAGGUGCCAAAAUCACAAAAGAAAAUAUUUUCCAAGCUAUUGACAGCAAAUCAGUAGAAUUUAUCCAAAUUUUGUUUGAAGAUAUCAAAAAUGUUGAUGAUGAAUUCAAGAAUGAAGUAUUCUUAAGGGCUUUUCGUGAAGCAGAACUUAAUACAAUCAACUAUUUGACUCAAACAGGCUACAGGAACACAAAUUUCAAGAAGGAUGAUCUUAAGCUAGGAUUGUUCAAUGCAUUGAAAGUUGGAACAGAGGAUGCUGUUAAUUAUUACCUCUCAAAUGGAGCCGAUGUGAACAUAAUAUUUGAGGAACGAUUCACACCUUUAUCAUUUACCUGCUUCAAUGAAAACAUGAAACUUCUAGAAUUUCUAGUAAGUAAAGGCGCUGAUGUCAAUUUACUUGAUGUCGGACGACUCUCACCUUUAUGCUAUGCGUUGAUAUCAAAAUAUUCAAAAUCUAUUGACUUCCUACUUCAAAAUGGGGCAAAUCUAAAUGACACCAACGUUGAAACUCUUCCUUUAGUUCUUGCAUGCAAAGCAAGAAAUCAAAGAUUAGUUAUGAAAUUAAUUGAAUCUGGUGCUAAUGUCAAUAUUGCAGGCUUAGAUGGUGUUACUCCAAUUGAAGCAGCCAAAGAAUCAGGCAUGCAAAAAAUCAUUAAGCUUAUUAAUUCGAAAAAGGAUAAUUAG